GAGGAGCAGUCACCUGCCCGUGUCAGCAGGAAGUUGAACACGUGCUCAGCCGAGAACCCGCGUGACACAUGUCGUGUUUUGUUGGUGUCAAUGUGUCGGAGGAAGAUGGCGACUGUCAGACACCUUCCAGAAGCGCCCGCGCGCGCCCGCACACGAGCGAGCUGCAGCCCAACAUUCGGCAGUGAAGGCCACUCCGAUGACACGCGCGGCACCAGGUCCAGACCCGGGCCUGCUCUCCUCCACCAGGUCGCGACCUGGCGGAGACGCUGCGGUUGUAAACAACCGCGCGCGCGCGCGCACACACACACGCCCCCUCUUCGUUGCCCACGCCCCUUUAAACGCGCGCCCCCGCGUGCGGCUGGUUGGGCGGUCAGAGCGAGGAGGUGUUCGGUCAGCGGCGCGCGGAGCUCGUUCGGCCCUCAGGAGAUGUGAGCGCAGACGACAUGGACCCGCGGCUCGUCUCCCCGGCCCUGCUGGGCCUGCUGGGCCUCUUGGCCGUCGCCACCGCCCUUCACUGCAACUGCACCAACUGUGAGAAGACCGGCUACGAGUGCGAGACCGACGGCGCCUGCAUGGCCACCACCUACAUGAUGGACGGCAAGGAGCAGCACGUGCGCAUCUGCAUCAGCCAGGACAGCCUGGUGCCGCCGGGGCAGCCCAUCUACUGCCUGAGCGCCGACGGCCUGCACAACACGCACUGCUGCUACCAGGACUACUGCAACAGCAUCGACCUCAAGGCCCCCGUGCCGACCAGAGAAGGGGCGGGGCCAGAGUCGGCGAGCUCUUGGGGGCCCGUGGAGCUGGUGGCGGUCAUCGCCGGGCCGGUCUUCCUGCUGUGUGUGCUGCUGAUGGUGGCCAUCUUCCUGUUCCAGUACCACCAGAGGGCGUACGGUCAUCGGCAGAGGCUGGACGUGGAGGACCCGUCCUGCGAGCACCUGUACCUGGCCAAGGACAAGACCCUGCAGGACCUCAUCUACGACAUGUCCACCUCGGGCUCGGGCUCAGGUCUGCCUCUGUUCGUGCAGAGGACGGUGGCGAGGACCAUCGUGCUGCAGGAGAUCAUCGGCAAGGGCCGCUUUGGCGAGGUGUGGCGGGGGAAGUGGCGGGGCGGCGACGUGGCCGUCAAGAUCUUCUCGUCCAGGGAGGAGCGCUCGUGGUUCCGCGAGGCCGAGAUCUACCAGACCAUCAUGCUGCGCCACGAAAACAUCCUGGGCUUCAUCGCGGCGGACAACAAAGACAACGGCACGUGGACUCAGCUGUGGCUGGUGUCGGACUACCACGAGCUGGGCUCGCUCUUCGACUACCUGAACCGCUACUCCGUCACCAUCGAGGGGAUGAUCAAGCUGGCCCUGUCCGCAGCCAGCGGUCUGGCUCACCUGCACAUGGAGAUCCUCGGCACUCAGGGGAAACCGGGAAUCGCGCACCGCGACCUCAAGUCCAAGAACAUCCUGGUCAAGAAGAACGGCAUGUGCGCCAUCGCCGACCUGGGCCUGGCGGUGCGACACGAGUCCAUCACAGACACCAUCGACAUCGCGCCCAACCAGCGAGUCGGCACCAAGAGGUACAUGGCUCCGGAGGUUCUGGACGAAAGCAUCAACAUGAACCACUUCGACUCCUUCAAGUGUGCCGACAUCUACGCGCUGGGCCUGGUGUACUGGGAGGUGGCCCGCCGCUGCAGCACGGGAGGGAUCCACGAGGACUACCAGCUGCCUUACUAUGACCUGGUGCCCUCUGACCCGUCCAUCGAGGAGAUGAGGAAGGUGGUGUGCGACCAGAAGCUCCGGCCCAACAUCCCCAACUGGUGGCAGAGCUACGAGUCUCUGCGUGUGAUGGGGAAGAUCAUGAGAGAGUGCUGGUUCUCCAACGGCGCCGCUCGGCUGACGGCGCUGAGGAUCAAGAAGACCUUGUCCCAGCUCAGCGUGGAGGAGGACGUGAAGAUGUGACCCGGCCCCUCCAGCUCCCGACAGGCCUACCUCACCUCCAGCCAAACUACUGACCCCCCCGCCCCCACACAAUGUUUUUAAACGGACCCUGAACAGAAGCGCACCAGGAGCGCAUGCUGACGCCAGUCGCAAAGCCCGGACGGGAUUUUGCUGUGGUUGAUCCUGGGACAAACACUGUGAGCUGCUGCUGAGCGACGGCCCGAGGCUCUGCACUCCGUGGGACUCGGUGACUGGCUGGGCUCAGGAUUGACGCCUGCUGCAAAUGCUUUUGUGAACUUGUCGGCGCCUCGGUUGCACUUCCAUGUCACUGGCGCCCUGGGGGCCGGUCCCGUGACCUGCCACUUCUCUGCUGUGUUGACCGCUGCUGCUGCUGCGUCUCCACAUGUUUGUACAUAGACAAUAAAGUCUUUUGUUUUUCUUA